CGGUCGCUUUGAUCUUCGCUGUUCUAAAGAGCGACUGUUUGUUACUUUCAAGUCGCGCGGAUCGUCACAGCAUAAAGAACUUUUCCUCUCUGGCGCGAGUCUCAAACGCUCUUCUGAGCGCGGAAAACAGCGACAACAACCAUCAAAAGUACAUUAAUAAAGUUCGCUCGAAUAUGCCGCAGCUGAACGGUGGAGGGGGAGAUGAUCUCGGGGCGAAUGAUGAGAUGAUCGCGUUUAAAGAUGAAGGGGAUCACGAGGAGAAGAUCCGAGAGAGCGCGUUCACGGAGAGCGACCUGGCCGAUCUCAAAUCAUCUCUGGUCAACGAGUCCGAAAUCAGCCAGAACUCCAACUCUGCCGUGAUCAGAAGAGGACAGCAAGAAGAUCAGAGAAUCUACACCGAUAAACGAGAACAUCUGGACGACGUGCCCAAACAUCAAGAUGGUGGAAUGUAUAAAGCGCCGUAUUCUGGAUACCCGUUCCUGAUGCUGCCCGAGCCGUAUCUACCGAACGGACCCGUCUCGCCAUCUUCCAACAAAGUGUCGGUGGUCCAGCAGGGGAUGCAUCCUCUCACGCCGCUGCUGCCGUACGAUCACUUCAACCCCAGUCCUCCACACAUUCCCACAGAUGUCAGCCAGAAACCAGGUGUUCACAGGCAUCAGUCGCAGGAAAUCUCCGGUUUCUACCAGCUGCCUCAAGGCCAGAUCACCCCGUCCAUGAACUGGCCCAAUCAGCCUGUCUAUUCUCUGCCCUCCUGCGGCUUCAGACAGUCCUUCUCCUCCAGCCUCCAGAGCAGCUCCUCAUUCCCCAGGUUCUCUCAUUCUCUGAUGCUUCAGUCCGGCAUGCACCCUACAGGCAUCCCACACCCCGCUAUAGUGCCUCCUUCUGGCAAACAGGAGCACGACCAGUUCGACAGGAGCAUUUAUGUCAAAUCUCAUCCAGAGGCGAAGCGUGAGAAGGAGCCCAAGAAGCCGGUGAUCAAGAAGCCGCUGAAUGCAUUCAUGCUGUACAUGAAGGAGAUGCGGGCUAAAGUGAUCGCCGAAUGCACGCUGAAGGAGAGCGCCGCCAUCAACCAGAUCCUGGGCCGACGGUGGCACGCUCUGACCCGCGAGGAACAGGCCAAGUACUAUGAACUGGCACGGAAGGAGCGGCAGCUUCACAUGCAGCUUUAUCCCAGCUGGUCGGCCCGUGACAACUACGUAAGUGCUUCACAAGGCAAAAAGAAGCGAAGGAAACGAGACAAGCAGCAGGACUCCAGCACAGAUAACUCUCUUGACUGUUCCUAGGAGGAAAAAAGAAGUGCAUUCGCUACCUUCAAAGAGGACGCUGCGCCAGCCCCCAUUCUUCCGAUGGAAGUGCUAUAGACUCCCCCCCUUCACCCGUCUAUCACCCGCCAAACCCCGCCUCUCCCCCACGGUGCCCCUCCUCUCCCCCCCGCCUCCCCCACCAACAGCCCCCUCCCACAGAGCGGCAAACGCUCCGCCCACCCGCCCAGACUCUCGCUCGACUUCAGCAGAAUUAAAACAGAGAGCGCCGUACGG